GUUUACUCUGCAUUUCGAAUUUGUAAGGAAAUGUCCUAUAUUGUUGUGUGCAGUCAUUAGCAUAGACAUGGCCACGGUCGGCCGCAGACAUGUAGAGUUUCACCGCUUUACGUGCCUUGACUGCGGACAAGCCUACGACUUUGAUACACGCAUUCGUUUCGUGGAUUUCACUAAUUAUUCCCCAGCGUUUAAAAUGUGUCGGAUGUUCGGUGUUCUGUCUCUCGCCUACGUGGCUAUCUUUAUCACGGUGGUGCAAUGUAGUGAAGAUGUGAAAACAUCGGGAGUUCCCAGUUUUUUCAGCCAAGAUAUUGACGUCGGCCGUACGUUCGGAAGGCCCGCUCUAAAGAGGCUAUCUUUCAUCUUCCUGCCCGUGAUGUUCACGUUGGGAGUUAUAUCCACUCUGCUCCUAGCCCUUGCCGUCAUAUCCGUGAAGAAUCUUGCCAUUGGAGUAAUACUGCUCAUUGUAGCCAUCAGUCAGGCUGCUUCAAGAUUAUUCUUCGCGGCGACUUCACCUUCAUCUCCACUACUGCAUCUGCACCCGCGAGCUGAACUCUUACCAGCGCCUGCUCCCUGGCCGGCUUCGGGACCCCUCCUCUCACAAUGGGCGAGAUCUGGCGAUGACACAACCAUCUCUGACUAAACAUGAAUCGGGAAUAAUUCUAAACGAAGUAAUUACUUUGUAAUAGAAGUAAUACUCCAAAGAACAUAUCAACGAUAAUUUUCCGUAUACGAUUAGUUGUAAGAUGUUUAUGCAUUUGUAAGGUGUAAGAUCUUCGUCUGUCUCUCGCAAAACAAUAUUUUGCGAAGGUUAGACGACGGUAUAUUAAGUGUAUUUAUAAAACUACCUCCUUAAGGAUUAAAUUAUUUGAAUAAUUCCA